CCGAUAUUUGAUUUUCUCAAGGGAUGUUGGUAAUAAGCUGAUUUUCUCAAAGGAUGUUGGUAAUAAGCGUGUGUUCCUGUCAAGUUGCCCAGCGUUAUUGAAAAGCAGAGAAGGUUCUUUACCAUUACCCAAGUGUCUGUUACCAUAACUUAGGUAUUUAAUACAUAUUUUAACCAUCGAAAUUAAUAUUGAGUAAUUAUUGUCUCUGAUGAGCGUUUAAAAAAGACGAACAACAAUUAUGAACCAUAUUUGCAGUAAAAUUUUAAAGACGCUGAGCUCUGUCCCUACAACGGUGCGGUUGAGUAGUUCUGCUGCCUCCAUAAAAAAUGACGAACCUGACUUUGAUAUGGAAAAUCCUUUUGAGAAAGAGAAGCAAAAAUGCAUCCUAUGCAAGCAUAACCUCCAAGUGGACUAUAAAAAUGUGCGGUUGCUCUCCCAGUUUCAGUCACCUUAUACUGGAAGGAUUUAUGGCAGGCACAUAACAGGUCUUUGUAAACAGCAACAAGAACGAGUAGAACAGGAAAUAAUAAAAGCACAAAGUUCUGGUCUAAUGGCGACAUAUCUCAAGGAACCUUGCUUCUUGAGAGAUCCAAAAUUGUAUGAUGUAGAGAGGCCGAUACGUCCCCAUAGGUUUUAA